AUGGCAACAACAAUGCUAACAUCAACUCCUACUAAAGAAAAGAAAAAAAAUUCAUCAUCAAAUAAACAAAAUCGAUCAAACGUUGCUGGUACACUUAAACGUAAUCCGAAAUAUGAAUUGAAAAAGGAUGAACUUAUUCAACUAUUAGGACGUUUUGAAGCUGAACUUCAAGCUAAGGAUAUUGCAUUAGCAGCACUGAAGUCAGAAAAAGUGAAAUCACUUUUAUCAAAUGCACGAUUUGGUCGUCUUAGUUGUCAAACGGAUCCUUAUGCUGCAUUACUUCGCGAUAGUGAACAUGUUAAAGAAGAUGUACUCAAUGAACAAAUACCAAUGAAAAAUGCAUAUGAAACACAACUUAUACAACUUGAAGAACUUAUUGUUCAACAAAGAAAACAAGUACAUACAUUAAAAUUUGCCCUUGAUGAUACACAACAAAGAUAUGCAUUGUUGGUACAAGAACUUGAAAAUGAAAAAAAAGAGAAAGUUCGAUUACAAGCAUUUCAAAACCAGUUAUUAGUUACUCAAGAAGAAAAAGAUCAAUUACGCAACGAACUCGAAAACAUAAAAUUACAUAAUCAAGAAUUAGAACAGCAAUUAGCUCAAGUAAUGAAAUUACUUGAACAUGAACAUGAAAGACAUAAAAAAUUUAUUAUACUUCUGUUAAAUGAACGUAAACUUGAAAAUGAACAUCAUCAAGAACAAUUAAAACAAUUAUCAAAUAAUCAUAUCAAUGAUGAUACAAAACGUGAAACAAGAUUUAAAGAAUUAGAACUUGAAAAUGAACGUAACAAACAAGUUUUAACAGCACGUAUCCAACAGUUACAAAGUGAAAUUGAUUUAUUAGUCAAAGAAAAAAAACAACAAUCUAUAACGAAUAGUGUUUCAACAUCGGAUAGUGAUUUGACUGAAACAAUUUUCAAACCUCAAUCGAAACCACGUCAAUUACCAUCAACAGUUCCUCAAACUCUACUUCCAACAAAUGAACCACCGUCAUCACCGUCCAACCCAGAAAAAAUAUUUGUAUCAACAACAACAGGUGGUAUUCGCCGUCCAACUAUUAUUCCAACACCAUCAUCAUCAUCAUCGUCGUCAAGAAAUGCUAAUAAUCCAAUAAAAAAAGGCGGAGUUGUUCCUCUAUCAGUUGCGCCAUAUACACAACAAACAUCAUCAAUGACAAGUUCAACAUCAUCUAUUCCGGAAUUACCUUCAUCACCAGUACCUACUGUUGCUAAACGUAAUGUUAUACCUACUCGUUCAAUAUCAAAUGCUUCUCAAUCUCCAAUGAUCUCUAAUUUUCGUUCAUCACCAAGCAAUAGUCAAACAUCAACAUCAUCUAUUCCGACUGUUACAUCAACAACAGGAAAUAAUGCUACACGUGGUGGUGGUAUCCCUCGUUUAACAAAAAAUCCAAAUCAAAUUGUUAAACCGACAACAACAACUGGUUCAGCGAAACGACCUGGUCAGGUAAAUUAA